CUUCAUGCUUUGCGUGUCUUAAUCACAUGUCGCUGACGUCGCUGUCAUGACCGAUGAUCGCAAUCUGCUGGCCGAUGCUACCCUGUAUGCGCAGAGGUUCCAGGACCACAAAGUCGUGGAGUCAACUUCGCGAGCAUGGACGAGGCUAUGUCAGAGGGGCGACGUAGACAGUGCUGCCGAUGCUGUUCGGCUGCUUGUGUCUGCGAAGAAUGCCCUGAAAGAGGAUGCUGUGGAGCUCGCAAGGGCCGGCCUGGAGGCAUGCCAGACCGCGCGCGGGCGCGAUAGGAGGGCAGAGGCAAAGAUGCAGUUGGCCUUCGCGGAAGCGGUGGCCGGGUCGAGUGACAGAUCGCUGCUCUCCGAGGGCAUCGACCUGGCGAAGAAGGCCUCGGCGGAGUUCGAGGCGGAGGCGAAGAUCUGGUUAGCCCAGCUGCACCUGGCCCGAGGAGAUCGGGGCCUGGCGGAGAAGGCCGCCCGGGGCGGGCUCCAGGCGGCGCAGAAGGCGGGGACGGUGCUCCAGGGCCGGGCGCUGCUGGCGCUGGCAGCGACCUCUGAGUGGCAGCCGCAUGGGGAGCGGGCGCUGGAGCUGGCGGAGCAGGCGGAGGACUUGGUGCUGGAGGUGGAGGUCAGGACGGCCAUGGCAAGGUGGCUGGCCCAGGCUGGUGCCUUCCCCACGUGCUUGGAGCAUGCCAAGGAGGCGCUGGACCUGUUGCAGGAGCACUGCGCCCAGAGCCACCGGCAGAUGGAGGUGACUCAACUGGCCUGCUCUGCGCACUUGGCGCUGCAGGGCCAGCCGCAAGCACUCCGCUUGGCCCAGGAGCUGCUGCGACUGACCCAGGUGGAAGGUGGCCAGCUUUCUAACCAAGCAGCAAGCCACCUGGCCAGCGUCCAGAUAGCAUGUGGUGGUUCUGAGGCGGCUCGCGCAGUGCAAAGUGCCAAAGAGGCUCUGUGCAUGAGCCAGAAAAGUGGGGAUCCAUCAAGCGAAGCGCGUGAUUUGAAUGUGCUACUACAAGCAUAUCGCGCUGCUGGUGCUGGAGCUGACGAGAAAGCCGAUGAGAUCCAUGCAGCCUGCCAAGAAGCUUUUCCAGUUCUGCGAGCCCUUUCGGGAGCGCAAUCGGGCAUUUGCGAAGCUGUCAGGCUACUGGCUGAAGUUGCAAGGGCUUUGGCCGUGCUGCAGCGGCCUUUGGAGAUCCUCGAGGCCUCUCUGCACUUGCGUGAUGCGGUCCAGGGAGACCCAGCGCUGGAGGCAUCGGUCCUUCUGACCAUCAGCACGGCGAUGCUCCAAGCGGGCCGCCGGGACCAGUGCUGCCAAUAUGCGCAGGACGCCGCGCGGCUCUUCGAGGAGGCUGGGCAGGCGCGCGACGCGGCGGAGGCCCUGGCGCAGCUGGCGGAGGUUCAGCUGAAGCUCGGGAAGGUGGUGGCUGGCCGCGCCAACGCGCGCCGCGCCCGGCGCCGCUUCGGGGAGAUCUGCGCCCACGAGGACGAGAUCCGUCUGCGGCUGAUGGUGGCGGAGGCGUCCCUGGCCAAAGACGAGAAUGGGCGCCGCCAGCCCCGGGACGCGCACCACGAGGCCAGGGACGCCGCCCGCUUGGCCCAGGCGCUGGGAAAGCCGGAGCUGGUGGCCAGAAGCCUGGCGACCUACGUGCGUGUCUGCUAUGAGGUGGAUCACUACGACGAUUGCCGCCAGGCAGCUGAAGAGUUGCUCCGGGACUCCCAAGGCAAUCAAGGCAAUCGCCUCAUGGCGCUGUAUUAUGCAGCCAAAGCCCAUGAGAAGCUUGGCAACUUUGCCGCUGCGAAGCAGCACGCUGAGCGGGCCGUGGAGCUGGGCCGAAGGGGAGAAGUGGCAGAGAGGGCCAUGGUGCAAGAAGCUCAGCAGCUCGUGGAAUCCUUGCGGAAGAAGGUGUUGUUCACAGAUGCGACCGCCCCGUUGCUGCAGGACAAGUGGCUGCAGGACGAGAACGUUGCCCGGGUGGACGGCCGUCGCUCCGGCCCUUUCUCCACUGGAGCGUUCCGAUGCCCGCAAUGCGGACACAAAGAGGCAGCAGCUCAAUGCGUUUCCUGCAGUGCGCCUCUACCUUGGGCAGACUGCAAGUUCUGUCCUGAUUGUGGUGCCAAACAAGCUUCUGAGAGCAAGGCCACAGCAAAUUCCCCGUUGACUCAGAAGUCAUCGCAGAAUCAAGGUAUCUCUGCUGUCAAGGCUGGAUUUCUGACCCGAGCCAUGCAGAGGGAAGAGGGCAAUCCGCUGAAGAAGCGAAUGCAGGAGAUCACUGGCCAGCUGCUCGGGAUGGACAGCCGGGACGUGGAGGCCGACGUGCCUCUCAAUGAGAUUGGUCUGUCCAGCGGCGCCGCGGUGAUACUGCGAGAUGAGCUCCAGAAAGACAUCAAGGGAAUUCGGCUUCCCCCGACGCUUUUCUUUGACCACCCCACAAUUCAAAAGGUGGUCGAUUACAUCUCGGGGAAGUCGAGAUAGAGCCCUUUUCGCCCAUGCGAACUGCCCUGUCGAAGUCAGAUGCUGUGUCGAAACUAGCUGGCCUUUCAGCGCCACGCGCAGAAGGCGGAAGCCCACGUCAAUAGAGGGGGACCACAUUCCCACUCAUCACAGGCAUGAGCAGAGCGUGCUUUCCUGAGCCCAGAGGAAGC